AUGGACCCGGACGAGCAAGACAGAAUCGAAAAGGUCAAGCUGAAAUACAGAAUCGAGUGCGAGAAGCGAAAAUUAACCAGUAUGAGGAGUUCAACAGGUCAGGAUCGCAAGGAUGCGCGUAUACUUAUAAUCGGCGCUGGCUUCGGGGGACUGUUGUUUGCUGUCCGACUGAUCGACACUGGAUUCUGUACCACGCGACAAAUUACGGUCGUGGACGAGGGGAAAGAUUUUGGUGGAACUUGGUCAUUGAAUAAGUAUCCAGGCUUGGUUUGCGACAUUGAGAGUUACAUCUACCUGCCGAUACUCGAAGAAACGGACAUGCCCAGUGGAAAAUACAUCAGCGGAGUUGAAAUACAGGAGCAUGCUGUACGGAUUGCCAAGAAGUGGAACCUGGUCCAAUAA